AAUGUAGCCGGUGGCUAGAAACUUUAGGAAUACUAAAACCUGGUAUCUGUGUUGACCUCAGAGCAAUGUUAUCUGUGUGCUGACAAGGUCUUACUCUCAGUCGUUAGUCCAAAUAAUUGUAUUAGUCAGGUGAACAGAGGUGGUGGCUAGAAACUGCUGGAAGCUAAAUACUUGGUAUCUAUGUUGGUCUCAGAGUAUUGCGAACUGAAUGAUAAUAAUGAAAAAGGUCCAGGCUGGUCAGUGUCUCUUAAAGCCUCAAAACUUCAAGGAGAGAAGGCCAAUAUGAUCAAAGUUUUUAAACCAAUGAGGUGUAAUUGAAUGUGUUUAUUUGUAUAGUCCUUUCAACAUUAAAUAAUUUUCUCAUCAUUGAUGACAAUCAUAAGGCAAGAAAGCCUAAGAAAAAUGAAAUUAGAGAGCAGUUCAUAUAUAAGCUGUAUGACACUGAUUGAACAUUCAGCUGGAAAUUUGAUACGUAAAGAAUGUUGCAUCAAAGGCCUAUUCGACAAUUACUUCAACUAGUGCAAGCUUCACGUACAAAUGUUAAAUCAUCAGUGGUAAAACAAACCCUUGCAGCAUGCAGAGAAAAUCAGACAAUGUGUCACAGAUCCCUUAGCCAUUUGGCAGCAACAACCACUAGCACACAUAUGCAUGGGAAUGAUCAAGUUUGUCUGCAAAGAUCAUUGCCACAGCUGUUAUAUGUGCCGGUACGACACAAGAAGGGAAUGGACAAACAAAGCAGGAAAGGCCAAAAAGGCAGUGUAGUUCUUGAAGAUUCAGAAAUGGAAGAAUUUGUGGACAUUCAUCAUUAUCGACUGGACCUUGAUCGCAUUUUGGAUGAAAUGAGGCAGGAAUUUCUACAAAACCUUUCCUUACGAACUAACAUCGGUGUUUACGGAAAGCUGAACAUCAAAACAAAUGAUGGCACAUUUCCUCUCAACCAGAUAGCCGCCAUUGUCCAGAAGUCUCCUACACUCGUGGUCAUCAACAUGGGGAAAUCUGCUCAUUACAUUGCUAAUGUGAUGUCAACCCUUACCAACUCAGGGAUGAAUUUGAACCCCCAGCAGGAAGGUCAGGCGACAAUCUAUCUCGCCAUACCAAAGGUAUCCACGGAACACAGAGAAAAGUUAUCAAAGAGUGCCAAAACAAUCUUCAACAAAACGAAAGACAAUUUAAAUGGUGUGUACUCCAAGUACCUGAAAAACGCCGGCCAAAGAAAGCAGGCGUUGCCAAGAGAAGUAAACCAACAGAUGUUGAUGGAGAAAGAUGAUCAUGUGAAGAAUGCCGAGAUCAUGAUGAAGGCAAAAAUAGAUGAACUGAUGGGAUAAGCCAGCUUCUAAUGAUUAAAAACUGGCCUUGCACUUAAAUAUAUGGAUGAAUUUGACCUUGAACUUAAGGGAUUAAUUGGCGUGGAGCUGUUUAAAUAUGGUGAAUGAUUUAUAGGCAAGUGGAGUAAAAAGUGUUGAGACAUUUUGUGACAAGAGAAAAACUGAACCAUCCUUUACUACCAGGGGGCUAGGGAAAUAUAUGGUAUGUGUUUUAAAUUCAGGAAAAAACCUGUCAUUUAAUGAAAUGAAAUGUAUUUCUCAGUCAUGGUGAAUGACUUGUCAGGAAUAUUGUUUGUCUUUUAAUGAAAUGUAUGUGCCAGUUAUGGUAAAUGAAACCAUAUUAUUAAACAAUAUGUCACCAUCACCAA